UGUUCUUCUUCUUUAUUGGUGAGGAGAAUACUGAUUGAUUAAUUAAUCACACCAAGAAACUUGCUACAAAUUAGUCCAUUUUUUCGUUCAAGAAACGGGUUAUAUAUAUGGAUUACAUGGAGACGAAGAGGCGGAGCAAUUUGACGAAGAAAAUCGUAUUAGCAGCUGCACUUAGUGCACUCUUAAUUUUCAUGAUUAAGAGGUCACCUUCUACUUAUGUUUCUACCAAGUUUUCCGAGCACGAGGAAGGGGUAACACACGUCUUAGUGACGGGAGGCGCAGGCUACAUCGGUUCUCAUGCAGUUCUUCGACUUCUUAAAGACAAAUAUCGUGUUACUAUCGUGGACAAUCUUUCACGAGGGAAUAUGGGAGCGGUUAAAAUCUUGCAAGAAAAUUUUCCAGAGGCAGGAAGACUUCAGUUUAUAUAUGCUGAUUUAGGAGAUGCUGCAUCUGUAAACAAAAUAUUUUCGGAGAACGCAUUUGAUGCCGUUAUGCAUUUCGCCGCUGUUGCGUACGUUGGCGAAAGCACAGCUGAACCUCUAAGGUAUUAUCACAACAUUACUUCAAACACGUUGAUAAUCGUGAAGGCAAUGGCGGCGCAUGGCGUAAAAACUUUGAUAUAUUCGAGCACUUGCGCCACUUACGGAGAACCGAAAACAAUGCCGAUCGUAGAAAACACUACACAACUACCAAUAAAUCCAUAUGGCAAAGCCAAGAAAAUGGCAGAGGAUAUCAUAAUUGACUACUCAAAGACAUCAAACAUGGCUGUCAUGAUUUUAAGGUACUUCAACGUGAUUGGAUCGGAUCCCGAUGGACGGUUAGGAGAAGCUCCACGGCCCGAGCUUCGGGAACAAGGACGAAUAUCCGGUGCUUGUUUUGAUGCAGCCAGAGGAAUUAUUCCUGGACUAAAGGUUAGAGGAACUGAUUAUGGCACUAAAGAUGGAACUUGUGUAAGAGACUACAUUGAUGUAACUGAUCUAAUAGAUGCACAUGUCAAAGCUUUGGCCCAUGCCAAGCCCGGAAAAGUCGGCAUUUACAACGUUGGCACCGGAAAAGGUAGUUCGGUGAAAGAAUUUGUGGAGGCGUGUAAAAAGGCGACGGGUGUGAACAUAAAGGUGGAUUACCUAGACCGACGCGCCGGCGACUAUGCCGAAGUUUACAGUGAUCCUUCGAAGAUAUUUAAUGAACUCAAUUGGAAAGCUAAAUAUACUAAUCUUCAAGAGAGUUUGGCUGUUGCUUGGAGAUGGCAAAAGGCACAUAUAAAUGGUUAUGAAAAUUAAUUUACUUUUUUUUUUUUUUUUUUUUUUUAUAAUUAUUAUUAUUUUCACAAAUCAGAUAGCUUUUUUUUUUUUGAUAAAAACAUAAGAAUUAAUUGUUCUGAAGGGAGUUGGUGUUUUUUGCAAAUAGAAGGACAAAUUUAAUUCAAGUUUGGUAGCAGAGUUACAUACACUUGCAAAUGGCUUUGUUCAUGCUGUUAUUAUAGCAUAUUCCUAUUGUCUUCUUAA